AUGUUUUCCCUGAUUCCAGUCUUGGUAGCAAUUGUCUGCAUUUUGAUCGUAUGGAUCUUUAAAAAUGUUGCUAGAGGCAUCAAGAGAAGAAAAGAGGAGCCCAGAGCCCAGGCGGAGGCUCGACCCUGUGUGCAUGACAACUUAAAGGACAGCACUGGCCUCCACCAAGUGGAAGAAGAUGCUGAUGCAUGGCAAGAGUCAGAGAUAAGUGUUGAACAUGUCCCGUUCUCCCACACUCGGUAUCCUGAGAAGGAAAUGAUUAAGAGAUCCAAGGAAUUUUAUGAACUUCUCAAUAAAAGACGGUCUGUGAGAUUUAUAAGUAAUGAGCAGGUCCCCAUGGAAGUAAUUCGUAAUGUCAUCAAAACAGCAGGAACAGCCCCAAGUGGGGCACACACAGAGCCCUGGACCUUUGUGGUUGUGAAGGACCCAGACAUAAAGCAUAGGAUUCGGGAGAUCAUUGAGGAGGAGGAGGAAAUAAACUAUUCGAAAAGGAUGGGACGCCAAUGGGUUACAGACCUGAAGAAACUGAGAACCAAUUGGAUUAAAGAGUACUUGGACACAGCUCCUGUUUUGAUUCUCAUUUUCAAGCAAGUCUAUGGUUUUGCUGCAAAUAACCAAAAAAAGGUCCAUUACUACAAUGAGAUCAGUGUUUCCAUUGCUUGUGGCAUCCUCCUAGCUGCCUUACAGAAUGCAGGACUGGUGACUGUCACUACCACUCCUCUCAACUGCGGCCCCCGUCUGAGAAUGUUCCUGAGCCGCCCCACAAAUGAAAAGCUGCUGAUGCUGCUCCCCGUGGGGUACCCCAGCAAACAGGCCACGGUGCCUGACCUAAAACGGAAACCUCUGGAUCAGAUCAUGGUGACUGUGUAG